CGAGCAUACACGGAAGUGACGCGCGGUGCUCAAAAGAGUUAAGCCAAAGCAUCUGGGGACAAAACACCAGCUAGCUCAGUUUUUAUUGAGCAGCGGAGGACCGGAGCAAGGAACGGAACACACGGCGGAGACGGUUAACGCAACUAAGCCCACGGCCACCAUGAAUCCUGUAUACAGCCCUGCACCAACAGGGGUCCCCUUCCCCAACUCCAAGGGUUUGAGCUAUCCAGCAGCUGGAUUCCCUGUCGGUUAUGCGACCGCCGCACCGGCAUACAGUCCCGGCGUUUAUGCAGGAGGGAAUCCAGGCUUCCCCAGCGGCUACGCUACCGGCACUGCGUUCAAAAUGUCCUGCUCUCCCAACACGGGGACCGUCCCUCCGUACUCCUCCUCUCCGAACCCCUACCCCGCCGCCGUUUACCCGGUUAGGAGCACCUAUCCCCAACAGAGCCCCUACGCGCAGGCGUUAAUACCCUCCCAACAGCAAGGCACGUAUUACACGCAGCCGCUGUACGCCGCUCCGCCUCACGUCAUCCACCACACGACGGUGGUCCAGCCCAAUGGGAUGCCGGCGGCCAUGUACGCCCCGCCCAUCCCUCCUUCUCGCCCCAACGGUGUAACCAUGGGGAUGGUAGCCGGCACGACCAUGGCCAUGUCAGCAGGUACCCUGUUGACAAGUCCAUCACCAGCACCCGUUGCCCACCAUCCAGUUACGAUGCCCACAUAUCGGCCCCCCGGCACCCCCAGCUACAGUUAUGUGCCCCCUCAGUGGUGAAGAGACCGAAGUGUCGGAGAGGCGGUAGAUAUGCAUUCACACUCUACUCCAGUGUUUUUUGCUCUCGGUGGCAGCCUGCCCUCGCAGCGCCUGCAGCCACUUAGUCUUCUUCCAGCAUAAUGUGAAUCUAAAACCCAACUAACAUAGAUCAGAGCUCGUUCGAAGCGGGAGGGGGGCUUGGAAGAGUAGGCCCCAUCCCCAAUAAUAAAAAGAAAAAAAAAACCUCUUAUAGCCACAAGGAUGCAUUCCACUCCCCUUUGCUCCUCCUCCUCCUCCUGCUCCACUCCCCGUCAGCAUCAGCACCUCCACAGCCCGGCCGCAUAUCUAACAUCAAACUGCAAAAACCUCCAGGCGAACCUUUUGCGGACUGUCAUGCAGGUUUUUAUAGCUUAAACUCUGAAGUGGUAAAAGGGAGUUCUGAUUUUCUUUUUUCUUGUUUUUUUUUUUUUGUUUGUUUGUUUUUUUUUUUUAUUUGGAGGAUACCUAUGACUUUGAAUGCAUGUGUGUGUGUAUGUACAUAAAUAUAUAUAUAAAUAGAUAUAUGAAGUAACGCUAGCUUGAUCUACCUGCUGUGACAGAUGCAAAGUCAAUAAAAGGCACACGUCCAAAGGAACUUAAAAAAAAAUAAUUAAAAAAAAGUAAUAAUCUGCAAUGCUGAAUCACCAGUGACCAUCUCAUUAAUGUGAAAGGGAAAAAAAAGGUUUUAAUGCAAAAAAAAAAAAAA